GGCGAAAUCAACUGGGAGUGCCCCUGCCUCGGCGGAAUGGCGCACGGGCCCUGCGGCGAGGACUUCAAGGCCGCGUUCUCGUGCUUCGUGUACUCGUCGCAGGAGCCGAAGGGCAUCGAGUGCAUCGACAAGUUCAAGAACAUGCAGGACUGCUUCAGAAAGUACCCGGAGGUGUACUCGGAGGAGCUGAGAGACGAGGACGCGGUCGAGAGAGAG